AUGUAUAAAAGGAAUGACUUCAUGGCCAAUGUGAUGGUCACCUCCGCCACUCCAGAGGGUAGUAGCAGCUCAGAUUCUCUGGAAGGGCGAAGUUCAGAUUAUGCCAAUAAAAGCUACGAUGCAGUUGUAUUUGAUGUGUUAAAAGUAACUCCUGAGGAAUUUGCUAGCCAGAUUACAUUGAUGGACAUGCCAGUAUUUAAAGCUAUACAGCCUGAGGAACUAGCCAGCUGUGGAUGGAAUAAGAAAGAAAAACACAUCCUCGCUCCAAAUAUUGUUGCCUUUACUAGAAGGUUUAACCAGGUCAGUUUUUGGGUUGUACGAGAAAUAUUAACAGCACAGACCUUAAAAAUAAGGGCAGAAAUAUUGAGCCAUUUUGUGAAAAUAGCUAAAAAGCUUCUAGAACUGAAUAACCUUCACUCUCUCAUGUCCGUGGUGUCAGCACUGCAAAGCGCGCCUAUCUUUAGACUGAACAAGACCUGGGCU